UGGAGGGCACACGAAUAUCUCCGAAACGGACCCGGACAAGGCGGAGGAUGAGACAAACAACCAAUCCAUGGGUGUAAUCCGGAAGAAGACCGCUACACGCGGUACGGAAGGCGGUACUAAAUACCAUUGCGAUGUCUGCUCUGUAGAUAUUACGUCGACCGUUCGGAUAUCCUGUGCCCACCCGUCCUGUCCUGAGUACGACCUAUGUGUGCCUUGCUUUGCGGCUGGCGAAUUCUCCAAAAACCAUGACCCUCGUACACAUCCUUUCCAUGUGAUUGAGCAGAAUUCAGUACCAAUCUACACAGAAGAUUGGGGUGCUGAUGAGGAACUUCUCUUGCUUGAAGGUGCUGAGAUCUACGGGCUAGGUUCAUGGGCCGAUAUCGCGGACCAUAUCGGCGGGUACCGUUCAAAAGAAGAAGUCCGCGAUCACUAUAUCGAUACAUACAUCAACAGUCCCAACUUUCCACUUCCAGCUCGUGCCGAUCCGGAAGAUAGAUCUCUUCAAGAUCAGAUAUCUAAAGAAGAAUUCCAAGCUCGCAAGAAACGGCGCAUCGAAGAGCGCAAGGAAGCCGCCAAGACUGCGCCACCUGCUACACCAAAACAGAAGCCGACUGCUAGUGUGCCAUCAUGUCACGAAGUACAGGGGUAUAUGCCUGGACGGUUGGAGUUCGAAACCGAGUUCUGUAACGAAGCGGAAGAAGCUGUACAGCAUAUGCAGUUUGAACCAGGAAAUGGCCUCAAUGAAAAGGGGGAAAUGGAGCCUGAGAUGGAGCUGAAGAUGACAGUGAUGGAAAUUUACAAUUCACGAUUGACGCAGCGAACUGAACGAAAGAAGAUCCUAUUUGAGCACAAUCUACUUGAGUACCGGAGAAAUAUUGCUCAGGAGAAAAAACGAACCAAGGAAGAGAAGGAAUUGUUAAAUAAAGCGAAGCCAUUUGCUCGCAUGAUGAACCAUGCAGAUUUUGAGGAAUUUUGCAAAGGUCUUGAGUAUGAGCACAAUUUACGGUUGGCGAUAGCACAAUUACAAGAAUGGCGUCAAUACGGAAUCACCGAUCUGAAGAGUGGCGAAAAGUAUGAGCAAGAAAAACAGCAAAGAGCGCAAAGAGCUAUUCCUCAAGGCUCGUUUGAUCGAUUUGCUACAUCCUCACGUCCAUCGAAACAAGUGCAGCAGCCCGAGGGACCAUCCCAAGCGAGCCUACUUACUACCCCAGAACUACCAUUACGAUUCCAGAAGACCACAAAGUCUGCAGCAACUGAAGCAAACGUACCACUCAACGACUUCGAUCUUGCCUUCGCCGCCAACGGUGACGGCUUAAGUACCCCUCAACCAGCAACGAAGACGAAAUACGUCGUGCAGCCGUUGAACGGGGUCCCUCAAUGGAAACUAGAAAACGAGGGUGCAUCUGACCUCCAUCUCCUAACAAAAGAGGAAAUCGAACUAUGCAAUGCAGUUCAUGUGCAACCCAAACCGUACCUAGUCAUCAAGGAGGCGUUACUAAAAGAAGCAAUGAAACAAAACGGCACAUUGAAGAAGAAAGAUGCUCGAACUAUCUGCAAGAUCGACGCUGCAAAAGCAGGCCGAAUAUUUGAUUUUAUGGUACACAGCGGCUGGAUCGUUAAGGGUUGAAGAGAGACCACCACAAUUUUUAUCAUUUCAAUAAGACAUAUGAUAUGACUUCAUGCAUUCAAGCAACAAUGUUUUUACGAAAGCCUUGACGACUUUAUCUUCCGUUUCACAUAUUCUACUUUCGCCAACUACGUACUUGCAACACCAAAUUGUGAGGGGAGAGAUCACUACAGUAGAACCUGGCUAUAAUGAACGGAAGGCCGUUCCAUAUUUCCACUUACAUCGGCUUGAAUAUGACUUUAAUAUGGAACUAAAGAGCAUACGAUUUAUUAGUA